CUGAGCUAGUACUUGUGGAGGAAUCACCGAAGAAGACAGCUGUGCUAGCGAUUUAUUUUUUUAUGUUUUACAUGGUUCUUAAAGUUGAGUCACCGGGUGGGUGUCACCCCAAAAAAGGAGACACUUGGUGCGGCCCGCCCUCGCCGCCCCUCCCUUGCUACGCCACUGCCUGGAAGUACUUGGUCUAUGCUCUAUGAGAUGAAGAUCGAAAAGCUAGAGGUCGACUAAGCGAAGAAAGCAACCACCAUUUGGACGGAGAAAGAGAAUAUUGUAUUUCCGAGGAUGGUCAAUACAACAUAAGAAGCUACAAUAAGAAUAACACUAAAGAUGGACGUUUACUAGAAACAAAUCAAGUUGCGAAAAAGAUUUCUCAGCUUACCGUAUCCCUAUCAAAUUACGAGAUUAGCUCAGAAAUAAGUAUGUCUAUGGGUCAAUACUAUGAUGUCAAUAGUGAAUCGGAGAGUGGAAUAUAUCCUUUAACGUAUGAUAUUCCUGCAAGGAAGUGACUAUUCCAUGAAAUUUGUUGUAACUAUUUGGAGAUAUCCUAUUAAAAAUGAUAUUGCUAUGGAAA